AAAUAUUUCCCUCCUGCCCUGACCUGCCCUACUCCGCCAUCAUUUGCCACACAGUGAGAGAGCGGACGACGACCCAGACAAAUUUCAGUGGCAGAGACCACACCUGCGUAUAAACCUCUGUGUCUCAGAGGGCUUUUGUACAUAGUUUUCCGCCGCUCUAGGGCUUCUGUCACGCUUCUGCAUCUUCUGGAAGCUUUUCGAAGUUUCUGUAUCUUAGGUUUGUUGCGGUCUGAGGAGCAUGGGUAGUAAUGGUACUGAACAUAUUCCCAUGGAUGAGCAGGUUGAAGGGUCUGAAGCCACUAUUGAGAUUAAAAUUAAAACAUUGGAUUCACAGACCUAUACUCUCAGGGUGGAUAAACAGAUGCCAGUUCCUGCUUUGAAAGAACAGAUUGCUUCUGUCACCGGGGUGCUAUCAGAACAACAACGACUGAUAUGCCGAGGAAAAGUUCUAAAGGAUGAUCAGCUUCUCUCCGCCUAUCAUGUUGAAGAUGGCCACACCUUACAUUUGGUUUUGAGACAACCUAUUCCACCAUCAGCUGAAGGAUUACCAGAUCAUCCAGGAACUGAUCCGGCUUCAAGUACAAGCCGUCAUGUUGGCCCUGGUGUUGUCAUUGAAACUUUCAGCAUGCCUGUUCAAGGGGAUGGGUUUGCACCUGAAGUCAAUCGGAUAAUCUCUGCUGUUCUUGGCUCUAUAGGAAUGCCAAAUAUUGCAGGUGGCAGUGAAGGGAUCGAAGUCAGGGAACAUGGGUCACAGAGGCCAGAAAGGACAUUGGGUUUGGGGGGUAUGUUUGAUUUCUCCCAAUUUCAAUCUGAACAAGCUGCCACAAGGGUUCCAUCUGACAGAUCAAAUGGGACUUUUAUUCAUUCAACAUCAUUUCCUUUAGGGCCUCAGCCACCUCUGGUAAUUCCUGACUCUUUGACCACUUUAACCCAAUAUCUGAGUCAUAUGAGGUGUGAAUUUGAGGCCAUUGCUCAUUUAACAGCAGGCAUAGAUGCGGGAAGCAAUCAAGCAGCUGGUACUCAUAGGAUGGAAGAAAGCUCCAAUUCCUCCUCACGUUCAGGGAUAAGGCAAGAGGGGCUCCCCACUCCUGCAUCAUUGGCAGAAGUCAUGCGUUCUACUCGACAAUUACUCGCUGAACAAGUUGGAGAAUCCUUACUUCAAUUUACAAGUCAACUGGAUAAUCAAGGGAAUGUGACUGAUCCGGCAGCACGGUUGAGCACCCAAGCUAGUGCAUCGAGAAAUGGAGCUUUAUUUCAUAACCUAGGUGCCUUUUUACUUGAACUUGGUCGUACAACCAUGACAUUGCAAAUGGGUCAAGCACCGUCUGACGUGGUGGUUAAUGCUGGACCUGCUGUUUUCAUAUCCCCUACUGGCCCUAAUCCCAUUAUGGUUCAGCCUCUUCCUUUCCAAUCUGGAACGAACUUUGGUGCCAUCCCCAUGGGAGCUGUGCAGCCUGGUUCUGGUCUUGGUAGUGGACUUGGUACCGGUUUUCUUCCAAGGCGUAUUGAUAUACAAAUACGAAGAGGUUCGUCAGCAACCACACCCAAUGCCACUCGAGAGGAAAAUGGGGAGACUCAUCAGCCGUCAGGGCAAAGAAACCCAGCAACAAGUUCUGGUGGUGAAGAUCCUACUAAUCAAGCCACUUCAAGGGUCCCAGGUGGUUCAGCUUUUGCUGGAGAGCCGGCUGUAAGGAUAGUGCCAAUGAGGACCAUGGUUGCAACAGUCCCUGCUUCCCUCAGUCGCCAACCAUCAGAUUCUUCUGGUAUUUCGGGAGGGUUAUACUAUCCACUGCUUGGAAGGUUUCAGCAUGUAGCUUCAGGGAAUGUGAGUAGUGAACGAGGAACUCCAGCAUCUAGAGACCGUCACACCGCCAAUCUCCAUACUGAUCAGCAGUCUUCUGAAUCUGCAGCAGAACGGCAAAAUGCUGCAGAUUCUGCAAGAGAUGGUAAUAUACUCUUUGGCAGUGCCAAGAGAGGACAAUUUGUUUUCUGUGGAGGAUCAGCUCCCAAUGUCAGACGGUCAUCUAUUGCACGAAGUGUCAGUAUCAAUAUUUUAUCAGCUGGCGGAACCCCAAACAGCCAAGACUCUGAGAGACAGGUCCCAAGCAGUAUAUUACAGUUUAUAAGGACCCUCUUUCCGAAUGGUGAAAUUCAUGUAGAAGAUGGCAGUGCGGAGGGAGUGAUUGCAGGUUCUGUACCAGAUCAGGCAAGGACAUCUAGUGGUGCUGUAGCUGCACUGGAAGCAGAGCCAAGGGCCACCGAUGAAGGAAUAUUUUUGUCUAAUUUGCUUCACCAAAUCAUGCCAUUCAUAUCUCAAGCCACAGGGGGAGAGCCAGGAAAUUCUUCUGAGCACAGAAUGGCCCAAGAAUCUUCCACCAGGGCUGAAACAAAAUGUUACCAAUCAGUUCAAAAAGUGAUAAAGAACAAAAAGAUGACUCUGUUUUGCAGGCUGAAACGUCCAAUGUUGGGUCAUCCCAUCAGCGUAGUGAUUCUGAACCAGAUCCUCCAACUUCAAAACGCCAAAAGACGGAGUAGUUAUGAUCGGACAGUUCAAGCAACGUUAUUCAUUGUCGUGAAAAAGUGAUCGAUUUUUUUUUUUUUUAGCACAAUCAGUAAGUGUGGCUUUUUUUUUUUUUUUUUUUUUCAACACAGAUUGCUUCUUGUUUUCCACUUCAUUCGAGACGGUGGAAAAAUUCCUUUCGAGUUGUGGAGAUAGUAUUGAGAUAUAGUUUUUGGUCGGAUGUAAUAUCAUAGUGUUACAUAAAAUUCAUGAAACAGAAUUUCGUCUUUGCUAAUUAAUGCCUAGUUUUCCAUGGAGUUUUGAUCCA